GCAGAAAAGGCGGAAGAAACUAUAGCUCGAGACUGAAGUCAAACCCCGAUUGCAAUCGCAUCGUUCAACUUCGGCUCAGUCUGCUCAGAUGCCACCAUUUUCUCUUUCAAUGCAUCAUAUCUGUACAUAAUCACUCACAGACAAUGGCAGUGGCAGCCUUCAAAUCCUCAUCCAGAAGAGCAAAUCUCAACACCACCUCCGCCACACACUCUGCAGGAAAAGAAAGCACAGAGAAAGAGAACCCACAAAAGAAAGCCGCCCCAGUUCGAAGAUCACGGAGCGUGAGCGCUUUCUCGAGGGGGACUACCUCCACCGUCGCCGCCACCAACGCUGAGAUCUCCGAGUUCUUGAAUAAGCGAGACAACCCUCUUUUCUGGAGCAGCGGCUCUGGCUCGCCUCCAAAACCCGACGCUACGAAUACGAAGGCAAGAACGGCGAGCAAUGCUACUGCGGAUGACAGGAGGGGGCGCUCGGUGACGAAAGGUUCGUGGGUCGACCCGGGUCGCCGCAAUAGGUCCGCGUCGAGGCGGCGCUGUGUGACUUCAGAGAGUGAGGCUGAGAAAGAAUGCGGUUCAUCAAAGGAUUUGAGGAAUGGGAGUCAUUGGAAUGUAGUGCCUAGUAAUGGGAAAAAGGGUGGCUUGGUAAGAAGUAGUUCUGGUAUAUGGUCUGGUCAGCAUUCGGGUCUUGAGCCUUUGGAUAGUUUGUCCGCGAAUUCGACUUGUUCGAAAGCUCAAAGUUGGGAAGAUGAAGUGUCGACGACGAGUUCUGUGGGAGCUGAAGAGAAAACUAUUAAAGCAGUUUGCGAACAAAUUAAGUCGGUCCAAGGGGAUAAUGUGGAAAGUGAUGCUACUGCUAGUGGAAUAUAUGAAACAGUUCGUUCUGAAGUGAGGCGUGCUGUCUCUGAAAUCCAAAAUGACCUUGAAAUUGCUAUCCGAAGGAGUAACACUACUGCUAUUGCAACUACCAAUAUGGCUGAUAUCCCUCCUGACUUGGUAAACCCAGGUGCAGUUGAUUUAGUUUUGGACAUCAGAAGAGAAUAUGCCAAAAAGCUUGAGCAGUCCCUGGAACGGGCUGGAAAACUUCGAGCAGACUUGGCUGUUGAGGAGCACCGUGGACACGAGUUGAGUAGAAUCCUGAAGGAAAUACUUCCAGAUCCUAAAACCCCUAGUGUGCAGAAGUCUCGUCCAGGAAGAAAAUCUAGCAUUGAAAGAAGAAAGAUGUCAAAACGUCUAGAAGAUGAAGCCCUGGCUUAUUUUGAUGAGUGCAUAUCACUAUCAACAUUUGAUAGUUCUGACUUCUCAUCACCAGAGGACCCACCACUUGAUCUUGCUACCCCAGUAAAUUACAGUGCAACUCUACCCCAAGCAAGUUCAGGCACUUCGGCCACCACUUUUACUAAGAGUUCCUUCAAUAUUAAACAGGAAUCGGAUGUCCAAAGUCAGUUCAUGAAUGGCCAUGAUGCUUCUGGACUAACAGCCAGUAGCAGCAGUAAGGAGCGAAAUGUUGAUCCAUUCAGUCCAAACAGUGCCAUUGCAGAAAAGGGUCGGAAUUUUAAGUUCUCCUUUGCUGCCAAGACAACAAAAGCUUUUGAUCCUCAGCAUGAUAUUAGCAAGUAUAUCAGAAAUUUUGAGAAACAUGACAUUGACUCGGAGAUUGCAAGAUCAAACUGUUACAACAUGGAUGAAUAUAAUCUGCAGGCCUCAGCAGAAAGCUUGUUGUUUGACAGUGUCAUAUUAAGAAACAGAAUUGAGUCUGGCAGUUUGCUUUUGUGUGGUGGUAGUUUCACAAUUUCAUGUUCUCCUUUUGCUUCUAUCAUCUGAAUGUACUGGUUACUGAAUUCCCACAAGUCACAUGUGAAGCUGGGACUACUUUUAUGCACAACAAAAGAAAGACACUUGUAUAAAGCCAUGUAAUUUUGCCCUUUGCUUGUUAUGUAAGUUACCAAGAAUAUCAUGAAUGAUUUCUCCUUUAUGCUUAGUGAACUACAUGCUUUCGGUACAA